GGAACUUCCUGAGAGCAGCAGUCUGUCACUGUUAAAAUAUCCCCAGCUUUGGCCACUUUUACAAGUGAGAAGCUACCACCUUCAUCAUGUGGCUCCCAAUGCUGGUGAUCAUUGCUAUGAUAUUUCUCUAUAGAUGGAACAGACAGAGAAAGAGAAUAGAGAAUCUUUCAGAUAAAUAUGUUUUUAUAACGGGAUGUGACUCAGGGUUUGGAAACGUGCUGGCAAAGCAGUUGGAUAAGCAAGGAAUUCAGGUGCUGGCAACUUGUCUGACUGUGAAAGGGGCAGAGACCCUUAAGUCAGAAGCUUCCAGCAGAUUGAGGACAGUGAUCAUGAAUGUAACUGACAGUCAGAGUGUAAAGUCUGCAGCAGCGUGGGUCACUGGUAUAGUGGGAGAUGCAGGACUCUGGGGAUUAGUAAAUAAUGCUGGUUAUGGGUUUGUAUUUUCACCCAGUGGAUGGCAAAAGAAAGAGCAUUUUGUCAAGGUGUUGGAGAUAAACUUGCUUGGUAUGGUUGACGUGACCCUCAAUCUGCUGCCUCUUCUAAGAAAAGCCCAGGGGCGCAUUGUCAAUGUAUCAAGUAAUGCAGGGAGACUGGCUUUUAUUGGUGGAGGAUACUGUCUCAGUAAGUUUGGGGUGGAAGCUUUUUCUGACAGCCUAAGAAGGGAGCUGCGGGAUUUUGGAAUAAAGGUUUCUAUAAUAGAACCAGGUGCUUUCAGAACUGGAAUGGGAGUUUCAGGCCCUCAUGUUCAGUUUUUGGAGCAGCUCUGGAAGAACCUUGAUCCUGAGGCCAAGGAAAGCUAUGGAGAGGAGUACUAUAAGCAAUAUUACCAAAACGUGGAGUGUUUAACAAGCAAAACCUGCCCCGAGCUGCACAAAGUCACCGACUGUAUGGAACAUGCUCUGACCGCUGUUCACCCCUGGACACGAUAUUCCGUCGGCUGGGACUGCAAACUCUUCCAUCUCCCCCUUUCCUAUCUCCCCACAGUUGUCUCUGACUAUGUGUUGUGCCGCUCUGCCCCCAAACCAGCUCUCUGUGCAAAGUAAUCUCUUGUUAUUCCUCUGAAAUAUAUAGGCCAAUGUAACCAAUGCUACAGAAGGAUUUAUAAUUGUGUUUAUUCCUUAUACACGCUAUCAUCAAAUUGAAAUGUGCAGCCUUUAUGCUGAAAUAUACAGCCUCCAAACAACCAAAAAAUCACGAUCACUGACCAAGAAGAAAAUCACAAAUCUGUUUUUAACUGGAACAAUUUGUUUUGGGACAGUAGCACAAAAAUAUCAUCACAAGCUUAUUUUAUCAGUUUCAGCAACCGUAAUUAUAAAAAAAUAAUUCAUAAAUACGUUUUCAAAUGUCCAAUACAAGUAUAUAAGGUUUUCCACAGCAGAAUGUUUUUAUACUGUGGGAGAAAACAGGAGCACCCAAAGGAACCCCAUAAUAACCCUGGGUGAAGAUAUAAACUCAUUACAGAAGCUGCCCUCAUCAGAUUCAAACCCAAGACCCAAACCCAAGGUAGCAGCACUAAUACCCAUGCCAUCCAUUUGUACCAUCUACUAUAGAUAGAAAGAAAAUGAGCGGCGGAAAUGUUUGUUCUGGUUUCUAAUUUAUAUAUAGCAUGAUGAUUGUAUUUAGUAUUGCAGGCUUUUGAAUAAGCUUUAGACUGCAUGUAAGAGUGCAGGAUUCCUUUGGACUUCGGCCUGAAUCUGAAUUUUUUUUUCAAACUCUUUUUAUUUAGAACACAAUAAGGAACAAGUUGUUGGACAGUAGGCAUUGUGAAGGUGUCAAGAUACAUUGAUCAGUCUUGAUGUUUCCCAGAGUUUAGCAGUUCCCAUACAUUGCACCUCCAAUCAUCUAUAAAUAUGUAACGUCAAAUAAAAACUAAACUUUGUAUUUAA